AUGGGCCCUCCAUCAUCGGCAUCGCGGAAGAGGCCUACGACGACUCCCAAAAAACCGUUGACCAGGUUGCCUCCUUCGAAGAAGCCUACAGGAAAACCCAAUGCUAGCAUUCUAAGCUUCUUUCAAAAGGCCGAAAAGCCUGAGCAGACGUUGUUCAUUGACGGCCACGAAAAGCUCGUUGUUCCCCAAAAGGAAGAUGAUGAGGUACCAGAGAUAUACGAUGCCGAACCAUGGGAGGAGGAGGAGAGGUUUAAUGAGGUUGAGGUACCAAACAAGAAGCGGCGGCUAAGCCAAGAGCCUGAGAACAACGAAGGGGAACAAUCAGCCGCAAGAGAUUCCAAGAGCCCUGUGGUGUCCGAACCACCACCAUCAUCACCCGCAGGGAGGCUUUCUAAGAAGGUGGCCACUAAGCGGAAAGGCCCCUUUCUCGACGAAUCUGACAGUGAAGAAGAAGAAACAGCCCCGACAGCUCGGAAACCAAGUCUCAUCGGUGCUAUUCGCAGUCGACCGCCCAUCGUCCCACCGGAGGAAGAAGAGGAGGCAAAACCGCCAGCGACGGAAACGAGCUGCCCGCCACCGCCAUUGAAGGUUGAGGACUCGAUCGACGCCGAAUUUGCAAAUGUUGACGACUUUGGUGACUUAGAAGAUUUCCCCAACGACGAAGAUUUCGGCGGUGAAGAGUAUCGCAUGAUGCAGUUUAUGGAGGAGCAAGCCCGUUUGGAAGCAGAAGCCGAGGCUGCGGAUACGGGCGACUAUUCUUGUGACGAAUUAGCCGAUCCCGUGCGGCCUAGCGAUGCCAUGGUGGCCAACUGUCCCAUCUGCGACGGCACACUCGCUGGUAUUACAGCUGACGAAGCAACACGGCAUGUAAAUGCCUGCCUCGAUGGCAACCCAAUACCACUACCCGAACCCAAAGAGGCAAAGAAAGUCAAAGACGAAAUCGCCAGACCGCCAAUUCUCGAACCCCCCGAAGUAAACAAACGACUCGCGCGCGCAGCAGUACCACGACAGGGCCAAGCCAACCCAUUCAAGCUGAGCGAAGUCCAAAAUAAGUCGACUUCUGCCUUCACCAAAUUGAUGUCCGGCCAUGCUGAAGACGCUGCGUGGGCCGGUGCCGCUGCUGCAGAGCAUUCAUCACGUGGGAAGCCCGCGUAUCAACGGACCUGUCCUUUCUAUAAGAUCAUGCCUGGUUUCUACAUAUGCGUAGAUGCAUUCAGGUACGGUGCGGUUAAGGGAUGCAAUGCCUAUUUCUUGAGCCAUUUUCACAGCGAUCACUAUAUCGGCUUGACUUCCACCUGGACGCACGGCCCAAUCUACUGCAGCAAAGUCACCGGAGACUUGGUCAAGAUGCAAUUGCGAGUUGCUGCUAAGUGGGUUGUUGCUCUAGAGUUCAAUCAGACAGAGGAGGUCCCGGGCACCGAGGGUGUGACGGUGACUAUGAUCCCUGCCAACCACUGUCCCGGCAGCUCCCUAUUUCUGUUUGAGAAAACAAUGGGAAAGGGGCCAAAUGCGAGAAAGCAAAGAAUCUUGCAUUGCGGCGACUUCAGAGCCUGUCCAGCUCAGGUUGCUCAUCCUUUACUCAAGCCCGACAUACAAGAUUCGGUAUCAGGCAAACUCAAGCAGCAAAAGAUUGAUGUCUGUUACUUGGACACGACCUACCUCAACCCUCGCUACUCUUUCCCCCCUCAGAACGACGUCAUCAAGGCAUGCGCAGACAUGUGCAAGUCACUUGCCCCGGACCAGACGUCAGAAGACAACACGUGGGACAAGAUCAAUAGAGAGGCUGGCACGGAAACGGUCAGCAAGUUCUUCACGAAGACAAAUGCGGACGACGCUACUGCAAAGGCGAAGAAGAAAAAUGCACCAAAGGAACGUCUCCUUGUCAUCUGCGGUACUUACUCAAUUGGCAAGGAGCGGAUUUGCAAAGCUAUUGCACAAGCUCUAGGGAGCAAAAUAUUUGCAUCCAAGUCGAAGAUCCGUAUCGUGUCCAAACUCGGAGACCCAGAGCUGACGGCACUUAUGACGGAUAAUCCGCACGAAGCUCAGGUUCACAUGCAAAUGCUGAUGGAAAUCCGCGCCGAGACACUACAAGAAUACCUCAAUGGAUACAAGCCGCAUUUCAGUCGUAUCGUAGGAUUUCGUCCUUCCGGCUGGAACUACCGUCCCCAAGGUGCCAGCAAGGCGGUGACAGCUAGCACUCAACCUGGCACGAUUCCGAUGACACAGAUUCUUCAAGGCAAGGCUUGGCGGCCUCGGUUUGGGGCAAAGGAUUUCGUGGCGCAACGCGGCAGCACGAAGGAAGCCAUGUGCUUUGGAGUGCCAUACAGUGAGCAUAGCAGCUUCCGGGAGCUGACCAUGUUCGUGAUGUCCCUGCGCAUUGACAAAGUAGUACCCACGGUCAAUGUCGGCAGCGAAGUAUCGAGGAAGAGGAUGAAGGGCUGGAUCGAUAAAUGGCUGUCUGAGAGGAGAAAGGGCGGACUCGUCCAUCCUCUCGAAGGCGAAGAGGGCGAGGGUAAAGAAGUUGCACUGUGGAACGGCAAAGACAGCCGUGGAGGAGGCGUCUGGUGGUGA